AAAUAUUAUUUGAUAUUUUGUAUGUACCCUUCAAACGAAAAUAUCUUAAAAUUAAAUAAUGAGAAUAGUAUGGUUAUUAAGGUCGGAUAAAGAAGGUUGACUUCGUUCUUCCAUGCUCUGCAAGAAUAUUGAAAAACAGAUAUAUGGUUCUAUUUUAAAAAAAUGAUAAUGACCUUGAAAUUUCGCAAAAAGAUAAUAAUCAUAAGAAAAAACUAAUUCUACCAUUACACGUGGUCCUUAAAAUAAUGUAACUUCAUACAACAAUAAAUGGAGAAGAUCUAUAGGUGAUCCCAUUUAACUGGGCCACUCUGUAUCUUUUCAUGGUGCAGUUUUGCUAAUCACAAAUAUGCCUUUAAAAGGUAUAAAUGUAUUAGAAUUAGCUGGGCUAGCACCAGGCCCUUUUUGUGGAAUGAUAUUAGCCCAAUUUGGUGCAUCUGUAAUCAGAGUGGACAAGAUUUAUGGAUCUUAUAAUGCCAUUGAUUGUUUGGGUCAUGGAAAAAGAUCAAUUGCGUUAAAUUUAAAAGUUUAUGAAGGUUCUAAUAUAUUUAGGAAAUUGAUCAAUCAAAGUGAUGUGCUUAUAGACCCUUAUAGACCUGGAGUAAUGGAAAAAAUGAAACUAGGACCAGAAGAACUUAUGGGAAUAAACAAGAAGUUGAUAUAUGCCCGGUUAACAGGAUUUGGCCAUAAUGGACCUUAUGCUAAUAUGGCUGGACAUGAUAUAAAUUAUUUAGCUCUAUCUGGUUUAUUAUCAUUAUUUGGACGUCACAAUCAGAAGCCAACACCACCAGUCAAUUUAGUAGCUGAUUUUGCUGGUGGUGGAUUAAUGUGUGCUUUUGGUAUAAUACUAGCAUUAUUUGAACGUAGCAAGAGUGGUAUUGGUCAAGUGAUUGAUGCAUCAAUGGUAGAUGGAUCUGCAUAUCUAGGCAGUUGGUUCUUUAGAUCUCAAAAUGUGCCUGGAUUAUGGGGAAAUCCUCGUGGUAAAAAUAUAUUAGAUUCUGGAACACACUUUUAUGAUACUUAUGAAACAAAAGAUAAACAAUAUAUGUCUGUUGGAGCAAUUGAAUCCGAGUUUUAUGAGAUAUUUUUAGAGAAACUUGGAAUUUCAUCUCAUGAAAUGCCACAAUUUGGGAAUUUUGAAGAAAGCCGUGAAAAAUUAGAAAAGAUAUUCAAACAAAAGACUCAAGCAGAAUGGUGUGCCAUAUUUGAUGGUACAGAUGCUUGUGUGACACCCGUUGUAAAUUUAAAAGAUGUUGCAUCACAUGCACACAAUAAGGAAAGAAAUAUAUUUAAGACUGAAGACAAUGGUUUGGUAACUCCAAAUCCUGCACCACGUUUAUCUCGUACACCUGGAAUAUCUAAAAAACAUGAAAGAAAUGCUAAAUUGGGUGAGCACACUACAGAAAUUCUUACUGAAUUAGGUUUUAAACCAGAAGAAAUUGCUAAUUUAAUAGCAAAUGGAAUUGUUAAUCAAGGAAUGAAACAUUCUAAACUUUAAGCAUGUAAUUUAUUCUCAUUAAAAUGUUUACAUAUAUUUGUUAACUUAUGUAAUAAUAUAAGAAAAGUUGUUAAUGUCCUAAAAAGCAAAAAGCUAGCAGUUUAUAUUAAAGAUUACUAAUUACUCCAUUUAAUGACAAUCACAACUAUCAGUAAUCAUAUUUUCAUAUUUUCUUAAUGCGACAUUAUUUUCUCAAGAAAAU